AUGUCCGCUGUCCGGCUCUGGAGGCUGCCCGCCCUCCUCCUACUGCUGCCGCUCCUCAGUUGCCGCGCCGACGACUCACUGCGUCCGCCGGGCCCGGGCAGGCUGAGCUCGCCGGCGGCGGCCGACGCCGUUCCCCUGACGGCCGGUACCCCCGCGCUGCGGGGCGCCGAGCCUAACACCUCCCGCAUGGCCGCGCUGCCUAAGGGAGUGGGGGGGUCGGCUGGCGGACGCCCGCGUUCGGCCUCACCCCCCAUGUGUACGGGGCAAACAGAGAUCAAGGAGACUUUCAAGUACAUCAACACGGUGGUGUCCUGCCUCGUCUUCGUCCUGGGCAUCAUCGGCAACUCCACACUGCUGCGGAUCAUCUACAAGAACAAGUGCAUGAGGAAUGGUCCAAACAUCCUCAUCGCCAGCCUGGCCCUGGGCGAUCUGCUUCACAUCAUCAUCGACAUCCCCAUCAACGUUUACAAGCUGCUUGCAGAGGACUGGCCCUUUGGUGUCGAAAUGUGCAAAUUAGUACCCUUCAUUCAAAAGGCAUCAGUGGGCAUCACAGUGUUGAGUUUGUGUGCCCUCAGUAUAGAUAGGUACCGAGCAGUUGCUUCUUGGAGUCGCAUUAAAGGGAUUGGAGUGCCAAAAUGGACUGCUGUUGAAAUUGUACUAAUCUGGGUUAUAUCAGUGAUACUGGCUGUUCCAGAAGCUAUUGCAUUUGACAUGAUUACAAUGGAGUACAGAGGAAAGGAUCUUAGAAUCUGCCUCCUUCACCCCACGCAGAAAACAUCCUUUAUGAUGUUUUACAAGCAAGCUAAGGACUGGUGGCUAUUUAGCUUUUACUUCUGUUUGCCACUGGCUAUCACAGCGUUUUUCUAUACUCUUAUGACCUGUGAGAUGUUGCGAAAGAAAAGUGGGAUGCAGAUUGCUUUAAAUGACCACUUAAAACAGAGACGUGAAGUGGCCAAAACCGUGUUCUGUCUGGUACUUGUUUUUGCCUUGUGUUGGCUCCCACUUCACUUAAGCAGAAUACUGAAACUCACUAUUUAUGAUCAGAAGGACCCCAACAGAUGUGAACUUCUAAGCUUUUUUCUUGUGAUGGACUACAUUGGUAUUAAUAUGGCUUCACUGAAUUCCUGCAUCAAUCCAAUUGCUCUGUAUUUGGUGAGCAAAAGAUUCCAAAACUGCUUUAAGUCAUGCUUGUGUUGCUGGUGCCAAUCCAAAGAUCUGUUGUCCCUGGAGGAAAGGCAGUCCUGUUUAAAGUUCAAAGCUAAUGAUCACGGAUAUGAUAAUUUCCGCUCCAGUAACAAGUACAGCUCUUCAUAAAACACGCACAAAAAGGUAUAUUCCCUUACAUUAAUGCUGGUGCCUUUCUAAGUAAAAGUGGCAAUUACUUUUGAUGAGAUGGUAACAUUUAGAAAAAUCUAGUUCCGUGUUUGCACAAAAAAAGAACAUAUAAAAAAAUAAUAAUUGUCCUGGAACUGUGUCACAUUGAAAAUCAUGGACAUUUAUAAAGUCAUCGUUUAUGGAACAUGAAGAAAAGCUUAGGAAGAACAAAUCAAUUGUUAGCACUUGAAUACUUCUGAAUCAGCACUUCCAAAUGAUCCCCAUUUCCUGUACCUUAAACAAUCAUUUGUAUUCACUGUAACAGUUGUAGGAACUGAAGUCACAGUAAUUACUAAGCAGUAUAAUUAACGUUAAUUGGA